UGGUGGUCGGAUGAGACUUUGUAUUUGUUUCCCUCACUCAAGUUCAUUUCUCUGCGCUCUCCAUUUUCGUUCUCGAACUUCUCUGCGAACCCUAGUUUCCACCAUGGCUGGAACUGGAGAAGAUCAAUCUUCCUUCUCCGUCAACUCUGAUGGUUCUGUAAUUGAUUCCUCCAAGUCUCAAGUCGACGGAGGCGUUGCAGUCGUCGAUGCAGAUGACUUGAAGUACGGAUUCCAGCGACCUGAAAUGUAUAAGAGCUCUCUUGCUGGAACCGUCGAUCCCUACGACCGUCAUGUGUUUCUCUGCUACAAGAAUGCCGAGAGCUGGCCUGCUCGAGUUGAAGACGCCGAAUUCGAUCGACUUCCCAGACUUCUCGCUGCCGGUCUUAAAUCUCGCAAGGACGAAAUUCAAGGAAAGAUUCGUUUGACGAUAUGUGAAGGGCGGGAUGGAACAGAGUCUUCCAACGGAGAUAUAAUGAUCUUUCCAGAUAUGGUCCGAUAUAGGGGUUUGACACACUUUGACGUCGACAAUUUCGUUGAGGAUGUGCUCGUAAAAGGCUCGGCUUGGGUUUCUGGGGCUCCUGAAGCCUUAAGCGGCUCACACAUAUUCGUGUGCUGUCAUGGUAGCCGAGACCGGAGAUGCGGUGUUUGUGGGCCUGCUCUUGUUGAUAAGCUUAAAGAAGAGAUUGAAUCACGGGGACUAAAGGACCAGGUAUUCGUCAGUCCGUGCUCUCACAUUGGGGGGCACAAAUAUGCUGGAAACUUGAUAAUUUUCAGUUCGAAUUUGGAGGGAAAAGUUGCUGGUCAUUGGUAUGGUUAUGUUACCCCUGAUGAUGUUCCCAUUUUGCUGGAACAGCAUAUUGGCAAGGGAGAGAUCAUAGAACGGCUAUGGAGGGGUCAAAUGGGUUCAUCCAAUGAAGAGGAAAAUAAAGAUGAGCAGAAGCCUCAGGAAAAUGGUGGAAUGGCUUACAAUGGAACAAACUUGGAAAAAAGGGAGACUGAACCAAAAGAAAAUAGCAGUGAAUGGAAUAUGAAGGAUGGAGGAAGCUGUUGUCAGGGUGCUAAUGGGUUUACUUGUUGCAGGGAUGAAAAGGUGGAAGUUAAGAGUGAAAUUGCAGGAAAGAAAGAAAGACAAGGUACAGAUGUGUGCAAGAAGAAGUUUGGCAGUCUCACAGCUUGGGCACAAUCAUGGGAGCAAGGUGAUAUUCUCGCAGCAGCUGCUGUUAUUGGAGCUGUGGCAUCUGUUGCUGUGGCUUAUAGUUUCUAUCGGAGGUCAGGCUGAUAUUCUAUUGGCAUGUUUCCUUUAUUAGUGUCUAUGCAAGGCUGGUGAGAAUGUUAUAAUAAUUAUCUGGUCUUUAUUCUUUUCUGUAGGAGAUGAGUAUGUAGAUCUCACUCUUGAGAAGGAUAUAUAGAAGAUAGUAAUCUUUUCAUGCCCAUUAUCCUUCAGUUAAUUUACUUAUUGACAACUUCAAAAUACUAAUAUACCCCACACAUGGUUGUAC